AAAAAUGAGUAGAGUCGUUUUGAACUCCUACAAAACACACAUCCAACUAAACAGUUGAAUAUUCUGUUUACUCCUUUCGUUUGUUGUUGACAGAUACAUACACAAACCUUGUAUCUAUCUAUCAUCCCCCAAAUCUCGCUUGAAUCGCCAUGGAUUCAAUUAACAACUCCUCAUCCACCACACAAUUUCAAUCCACACAUCCCGAGGAGCUUGUCACCAUCGAUCCUCUCGAGCUCAAAUUCCCACUUGAGUUGAAGAAGCAGACCACUUGCUCAUUUCAGUUGUCUAAUAAGAGUGACAAUCAUGUUGCUUUUAAGGUUAAGACAACUAAUCCAAAGAAGUACUCUGUACGGCCUAACAAUGGUAUUGUGUUACCUCGCUCACAAAGCAAUGUAACAGUCACAAUGCAAGCUCUGAGAGAAUCACCCCCAGACAUGCAAUGCAAUGACAAGUUUCUUGUCCAAUGUGUUGCAGCACCCCCUGGUGCUACUGUUAAAGAUAUUACCCCAGAUAUGUUUAAUAAAGAGGCGGGAAAUCAUGUUGAGGAGAGCAAAUUAAGAGUUUCUUAUGUUCAUCCCCGUAGACCACCAUCGCCUGUGCGAGAAGAGUCGGAGGAGGAGACAUCUGAAAAUAUGAAUGUUGUUUCUAAAGGAUCUUCUGAGAACCAAAUAACUUCUUCCAAGGCUAAUGAUCUUAUAUCAACACUCACCAAGGAGAAACAGUCGAUUAUUCAAGAGAAUAAAAGGCUACAAGCAGAACUGGAACUUCUGAAGAGAAGUCCAAGAAAAAACAGCAGCGGAGGACUCUCAAUCUACUACGUCUUGCUUAUUGCUCUACUCAGCAUUCUGCUAGGAUAUUACAUGAGGAGCUCAUGAGCUGCUUGGGACAUUUAAGUUCCAAAUUUUACUUGUCACAAUCACUGAGAUUAUGAAGUGCAGGAAAAUAAGUAGGUAAGCAACUUUUAUGGGGCAGGAUUUUGGGGAUUGAAAAAAGCAUAUUAGAGUUGGGACCAAAGUUGGAUUGUUAAACGUGAGGAAAAUUAUUAGUUGUGUGCUGUUUUUUUUUUUUUUUGACAGAUUAUUAGUUGUGUGCUGUUAAUUGUUCUGUAAUAGAUUAAUAUUUUCUCUGUUAAGUUUCGUAACUGUAAUUUUGUGUAACUUUGAAUAUUUUUGAAAUGAUAAACUUCGAUCUAAGGUA